CUUCACUGCCGUUUCACUUGGUUUUAAAGUUCCACGUUUAGAGAACGUAAACAUUCCAACUAAUCCAGCCAGCUUCUUAUACCAAAUUGAAACUUCAAGGUUUCUGGAAUGCAAUGAAACAAUUGUUAAUUUAUACAGGAAACAACCCAUUUCUGCUCAUCCAAGUCAGCAUCAGUAUCCUAACUUUUCACCACAUGAAUUUAACCAACGCCUCAUAAUUGCUAUAGAAGAGUUGAAGAUAAAUCUCGAUCCAUUGCUCAUACGGUUUUGGUUAUUUUCAGGUACUUUAUUGGGUUGGCAUCGCCAAUGUGAUGUUAUACCCUACACUUCGGAUGCUGACUUUGCCACUUGGGCGGUAUAUGGUGAAGAAGUAGAUAAGUUAAUGGAUGAUUUUAAGCAAAAUGAACAUUUGACUGCAAUAGAGAAAUUAGGCAUGAUUGACGUUGGAUUGGAGUAUAAAUUUAGGUGCCAUGGACUAGGGGUUGAUUUAUUCUUCAUUUAUGAAGAGGAAAAUGGUACUUGGUGUGGAAGUCACGGCAGCAAAGAAAGUGGUUACUACAUGAAAUAUUAUUAUCCGGAUUAUAGUUUAUGUUCUGCUGAGCUUUUGGGACAGAAAAUAAACCUACCAUGUGAACCAGAAAGCGUAAUUUUAGCUGAUUAUGGUGUGGAUUGGAUGCAACCUGUUUCAAGUUGGAGUUAUGAACGUUCACCAAAGAAUCGAGGUCCGAAUAUUUUUUGGGAGAAGAGUUUGUUAAACAAA